CAUGUUGCAUCGCAAAACUUACACAAGGUGGUUUGUUAUACGGUGGUGAUCGUCCUGGCAGAUGUGGCAAACCUUGCAAGCACAGCACUGACCAUUGCCAUUCAGAGGGACUGGAUUGUGGUUAUCACAGGCUACAACCGAGGUCACCUAGCUGGAAUGAAUGCAACCAUGAGGCGGAUUGAUCAGGUGACCAACAUCCUGGCCCCACUAGCAGUGGGACAGGUCAUGACCCUGGCUUCCAAUGUAGUUGGCUGUGGCUUUAUCCUGGGCUGGAACCUUGUGUCUCUUAUUGUGGAGUUCUUCUUCUUGUCGCGAGUGUACCGCAUCGUCCCUGCUCUUUCAAUCAAACCCCCAGCAGCAGAGGAGGAUCAGGUUCAGGUGUAUCUACAGAGGAUGGAGAGGAGAGGGUCACAAGACGAGAGUGAUGAAGCACAACCUCAACCUCUGACAGAAGGUAACUGCAACACAAGUUUGCACCUCAAAGAAAUCACAGACCUGCCGCUGUGUUUCCGGAGGUUUCGCUGGCUGGUGAGCACCUGUAAGGACGGCUGGAGGGCCUACUAUCGCCAGCCCGUCUUCCUGGCAGGAAUGGGUCUGGCUUUCCUCUACACAACGGUCCUCGGCUUUGACUGCAUCACCACUGGCUAUGCCUACACUCAGGGCAUAAGUGGCUCCCUCCUCAGUCUGCUGAUGGGUGUCUCAGCGAUCACAGGGCUGAUGGGCACUGUGAUGUUUACCAGACUGAGGAAGACCUAUGGUCUGAUCAACACAGGCAUCAUCUCAAGCUGCCUCCACCUGGGCUGCUUGCUGCUGUGUGUGUGCUCUGUGUUUGCCCCAGGCAGCCCUAUGGAUCUUAGUUUGCUAAUGCCCCCUCUUUCCUCCAACUCAACUGAGCUUGGAGGGAUGGCAAGCCAAAGGCAGAAACACACUUAUCCCAUGCGGGGAGGCAGUAAUCAGCCUCUGCUACCAGACCGCUCUUCCAUCCACUGGACCAACAACACUGUCCUUUUUGACAACGUGCCCUCUGGUACAGCACCAGAAUCAUACAUCUCCAUCAUCCUGCUGUUCCUGGGCGUCAUCACAGCACGCAUUGGUCUCUGGUCCUUCGACCUGACAGUGACCCAGCUCCUUCAGGAGAACAUCUGGCAAUGUGCCAAAGCAGCAAACAACUCAGGUGAAAUGGAGUGGGAGACAGGCUCUCCCGUCGUUUACACAAGUUGA